AGCACAACCAGACACAUAGCACGAACGCACCGAAUAUGAGUUCUGUGAAUCUUGGUCCAUGGGCUCGUCCCACUAGCAUGUUGAACCAAGCAAGCAGAUCCAUGCCCCCAACUCUCAAUUCCCAUCUUUGUGGUUUCAGAAUGGUUUCCAUUUCCUCAAUUACCCCUAAAGGAGGAGGAAGAAAAACAUUUUCUUCUUUCUCCAUCUCUUCAGUGCUCACUAAGGAAAACACUGUCAGAGGCAAUGAAGUUGAAGAGAAACCCAACUUCAAUUUCAAUGCCUACAUGCUUGACAAGGCCAACACAGUGAACCAAGCCUUGGACGCAGCUAUUGCGAUGAAGGAACCGGAGAAGAUCCACGAAGCCAUGCGAUACUCCCUCCUCGCCGGCGGCAAGAGGGUCCGGCCGGUGCUCUGCAUCGCCGCAUGCGAGCUCGUCGGCGGGCGAGAAGAAACGGCCAUCCCAGCAUCAUGCGCCGUCGAGAUGAUUCACACCAUGUCACUCAUUCACGACGAUUUGCCUUGUAUGGACAACGACGAUCUCCGGCGAGGAAAACCAACCAAUCACAAGGUUUUCGGCGAGGACGUCGCGGUCCUCGCCGGCGAUGCCCUGCUUUCGUUUGCGUUCGAGCACAUAGCCGUGUCAACAAAGGGUGUCUCGCCGGCGAGGGUGGUUCGCGCGAUUGGUGAGCUGGCGAAGUCGAUUGGUGCGGAAGGACUCGUUGCAGGGCAAGUUGUGGAUAUACAUUCAGAAGGGUUGUGUAAUGUGGGUUUGGAGAGACUCGAAUUCAUUCAUCUUCACAAAACGGCAGCGUUGCUUGAAGCUGCGGUUGUGUUGGGAGCCAUAAUGGGUGGUGGGUCUGAUGAUGAAAUUGAAAAGUUAAGGAAGUUCGCUAGGUACAUUGGUUUGCUGUUUCAGGUUGUGGAUGAUAUUCUUGAUGUUACAAAGUCAUCCGAGGAAUUGGGUAAGACAGCUGGGAAGGACUUGGUGGCUGAUAAGGUCACGUACCCUAAACUUUUGGGGAUACAAAAAUCUAAGGAGUUUGCUGAUAAAUUGAAUAAGGAUGCACAGGACCAGCUCGCUGGGUUCGAUCCGGUUAAGGCGGCUCCGUUAUUUGCUUUAACCAAUUACAUUGCUUAUAGGCAAAAUUAGACUCUUGUUUGUUUAGGAAAAUUGGGUUUCUGAAAAUAACGGAUACACUUAAACUCUUGAAUCUUGUACUGUGGAUUAAUUUAUCAAAUAAAAUGAUUAGCAAAGAGUAUAUUUUGGAGUUUGCAAGGCGUAUUCUCGUGUGAAUUUUGUAAUAGAAUAUACUCUUUGUUUAACAUUACAU